AUGGCUGGGUCUGAGUUACACCAGACUGCGGGUGCUUCUUCACAGGGCCCUGACGAUCUCGAAAUCGGGAUGGGAAGCACAAUGCCGUCGUCAACGUCACAACCGAAGCUUAAUAGUGAAGAGCCUAUAUCCUACCUAUAUUUAACACUCGAUACUCCACUACCAAGAGUGCCCUCAUAUAGCGAGUGUGGUUCUGCCAGAACUCAGAAUCUACCGCCAUGCCCAGAUCUCCGGCCGUUCGACUCACCUUUUACCCUGCCGCAAGCCAGGAAAAAUGUCUUCCUGGCGUUGUCCUGCAUUGCUACAAUGCUGACAGCAUAUACCGCUGGCACUUACUCACCACCAUCGAGAGCUAUGGCUAAAGAUAUCGGCGCAAGCCAUACAGCAACACUUGUUGGUAUUACAACUUUCUGUGCGGGAUUUGCUAUUGCGCCCAUGGCCCUUGCCCCAAUAUCUGAGAUCUGGGGUAGACGGCCAGUGUUUAUCCUUGCCGGAUUUGUCUUUGUUAUCUCCCAAGCUGUCUGCUCAGUCAUGCCAAAUUUGGCUGGCAUGCUGAUCGCCCGCUUCUUUGUCGGCGUUGGCGGUUCUGUGUUUAGUUCAGUUGUCGGCGGAGUUAUCGCAGAUCUGUGGGAGAAGGAAGACAGAAACACCCCCAUGGCCUUGUUCAGCGGUUUCGUUCUUUUUGGAACAGGUCUUGGACCGUUGGUGUCGGCGGCUUUUGUCAACAAUUUGGAGGACGAUACAAUGGCUUGGAAAUGGUCAUUCUGGCAUCAAGUCAUCCUCGACGGGCUGUUGUUAGUAGCCAUUUUGUUUCUCUUUAAAGAGACUCGAGGAUCAGUUCUGCUAUCGCGGAAAGCCAAGAAGCUUAACAAGUGGUACCAAGAAUUAGAGGAUGCAGGCGUCUACGGAGUCUUGGUCACUGAUUCUCAAGAAGAGGCAAGUGUCAGCUCAUCGGCGUCGAGUGUCAAGACCUUGCCAGGGCACGACACGAUGCUUGAGUUCAACAGGCCAAGUCGUCUACAAAGAAUCCGAUGGCUUGUGGAGGCUGAUGAACAACGACCUCCUCUGCGUCAAAUGAUUGCUACCUCGAUCAAGAGACCUUUCUACCUUCUUUUCACAGAGCCAGUUGUCUUCUCUUUCUCCCUCUGGGCUGCAUUCUCAUGGGCUGUCCUCUACUUGUCUUUUUCCAUCGUGCCAUAUCUCUACUCCGACAAUCUCAACAUGUCCAUGCGCAUAUACGUUGCUAUGAUGUCUUCGGCCAUUGUUGCAACUACCGUUGGGAUCCUUCAGGAGAAUGUGAUGAAACAUCCUCUCUGGUGUGGAGACAUUGAUGAGAAGAAAGUGCCUCAAUUUUGGCGGUUCAUGAGGAAGCAUUUCCCUGUUGAUUCCCCCGAAGCUCGACUGUACUUUUCCUGCAUCACCGCUCUCCUACUUCCCGCCGGCUUGUUCGUUGCAUUUCUGAGUCCAGCAAGCACAAGACACUAUACCCAGGCCAUUGGUAUCGGCCUCGCAAAUUGGGGCAUUUACUCCGUAUAUCUUGCCACGUUCAAUUACCUGGCCGAUACAUACCACAUGUAUGCUUCAUCAGCCCUCGCUGCACAAAGCUUUUGCCGCAACGUUCUGGGUGGCAUAUUCCCAGUAUUGACUAGCAUAAUAUUCGACAACCUUGGAUUGAGAAAUGCAGGUUGUGUUUUGGGUGGCAUUGCUACACUUUUGACAAUUAUUCCGUGGGUUUUAGUCAUUUUCGGAAGCAGAAUCAGAGCGAGAAGCAAGUUCGCAAUUUCUUUGCAAAAGCAGUGA